AUGGGGAGCAUCGAUGGGGCACUAUAUGAUAUAGAGAUCUGGAAAAGAAAUUAAUACGGUUUGGCAGAAAGGUUAAUCUCCUUGAACAAAGUUAUGGCUAGUGUGGAAGAGGUGGGACCAAUAAUGGUCUAGAAACAACAAGUCAAAUUCAUGGAGUGGAUAUAUGUGCAGACUUUAAAGAAAUUAAUUUAAAAUGAGAAUAUUUUCUAAUUAUUUUUCAAAAAAUUGAAUAGAUUCUCAACAACAUUAAUUUUCAGAAUUUAUUUAUGCAACCUUAAAAUGAAAUAAAACAGAUAAAAAAAUAUUAAUUGA